UUUUUUUUUUUUUUUACAACAAUGGCGAUGAGGAAGCUUUUAUCGAAGAAGCUCUUCAACAUGACGAAUGUCGCGUCGCAGAGUCUUACGAAUUGUCGUAUCUCGUCUUCCUCGUUAGCCGUACGAACCAGAGUUCCGAAUGAUUCAGGCGAUACGGCGAGGAUCGCACCGGAGCCUGGGGAUAUGGGGAUUUCGCGGCGGUUUUUGCAUAACACUGCUAUGAUUAGGCCGGAGAUUAUGCAGAUGCCUGUUGGUGAGAGUUUGAUUGAGAAGAUCCGUGAGAUUGAUGGGAGUAAGGAUCGGAUUCGAUUAGACGGACUUGCUCCUCCGGUUAAGGAAGAGACGGAGACGGAGACGAGUCUUACGGUUGGGGAUAUGAAGAAGCUGCUUAGAGCGGCGCAGAUCGAGAUUGUGAAAUCGAAGCUUAGAGAGACGGGGAGAAGCUGGAUGCCGUAUUCGGAGUUUGUUAGCGUUUGUGGUGAAGGUUCUUCAGAUCCAGAUCUAGGAUCUAGAAUCGCCAAGAUGCUUGAUGAUUCAGCAAACGUCAUCGUUUUGGGAGAUUCCGUUUGUCUUAGACCUGAUCAGGUUACAAAAUCCAUUGAAGGACUGCUUCCUUUGCCAAAGAUCCAUAACCCAAACGACCCACGGAGAAUCGAGUUUAAAGAGCUCGAAGCAGAAAAGGCAGUGAUUGAUGUGAAAGCGCAUUCUUUGGUGCGGAAAGAGCUCUGGGCUGGUCUUGGUUACUUGAUCCUACAGACCGCAGGGUUCAUGAGGCUAACUUUUUGGGAACUCUCGUGGGACGUGAUGGAGCCGAUCUGUUUCUAUGUCACGUCCAUGUACUUUAUGGCUGGUUACGCGUUUUUCCUCAGGACUUCGAAAGAGCCUUCUUUUGAAGGGUUUUACCAAAGCAGGUUCGAGGCGAAACAGAGAAAGUUGAUGAACGAGUAUGAGUUUGAUCUGGAGAGGUAUGAUGAACUGAAGAAACUGUUUUGCUCUAAGACUUCAGCUCAUGUUUCCAACAUUCUUGGAGCUAUCAAGAGUUGAAAAUUUUGAUUAGGGGGGAAAAAAUGCUUAGAUUCAAUGUUGUUGUCACAAAAAUGUUUUUCCUAACUAGAGAAUUCUACCCCCCAAAAAAAAAGAAAGAAAAAGAAAAAAGAGAGAAUAGUUAGUAUUCUCAUAAUUUCAGCUUUUAAAAAAAAAAAUAUACAAAGAAUUGGUUUUUAUCAUCGCGGCUUAUGUAACAUCAGGGAGAGAUAUGUUUUUGUUUUCAAUUUUUGUUUUGUUUUGUUUUGUAUGACAGAUCUUAAAUUUAACAUCGUGUAAAUAACUGUUUGAAAAUGUGAAUAUAUUAUAGAAA